AUCCAAUUCAGCCUCCCGCUUUUUUGCUUUUUGAAAACAAAAUAGGCUUCUCUCUGUGUAACAAAUUUUGUAAACAAAAUGAGUGUUCCCAUGGAAAUAACUUUACCAAAUGUCACAAAUCAAGAAGAAGAAGCAGCAGAAGAAAAAUCUAUACCAGAAGCUAUCUCACAGUCAGUUAAUUUACCUCUCUUGCCUGAAGACAAAAUUCUUGUUUCCGUUGAAGUUUGCUUGAAUCCAUCCAGUACAGCUCGGAUUGAAGAUGUUCAGACAUCGAUUGAGAGAAUGCUUGAAAAGAGGAGUUUGAGUUAUGCAGAUGGUCCUGUGCCUGUACCUAUUGAUGAUCAGUUCCUUGUAGAAAAUGUUCAAAGAAUUAGGAUUUGUGACACAGAUGAGUGGGUGGAGAACCAUGAAAUUCUUUUAUUCUGGCAAGUUAAACCCGCUGUACAUGUUUUUCAGCUUAGUGAAGAAGGACCAGGUGAGGAAUUAAGUGGGGAUGGUCAGUUAUCUAGCUUUAACGAAUGGAUUCUUCCUGCGAAAGAAUUUGAUGGCAUGUGGGAAAGCUUAAUAUAUGAAUCCGGUCUCAAGCAAAGGUUGUUACGAUAUGCUGCAAGUGCUUUACUCUUUACUGACAAAGGUGUUGAUCCUUUUCUUGUAUCAUGGAAUCGUAUUGUGCUGUUACAUGGACCACCAGGUACUGGAAAGACAUCUUUAUGUAAAGCAUUGGCUCAAAAGCUCGCAAUACGUUUUAGUUCCAGAUAUCCCCAGUGCCAAUUGGUUGAGGUUAAUGCACAUUCUUUAUUCAGUAAAUGGUUCUCUGAAAGUGGUAAAUUGGUUGCGAAACUUUUUCAAAAAAUCCAAGAGAUGGUAGAGGAAGAUAACAGCCUGGUAUUUGUUUUGAUUGAUGAAGUUGAAAGCUUAGCUGCUGCUCGAAAUGCUGCUUUGUCUGGAUCCGAACCUUCUGACUCGAUUAGGGUUGUGAAUGCUUUACUCACUCAGAUGGAUAAAUUAAAAUCCUCGCCUAACGUCAUCAUCCUAACAACUUCAAAUAUUACAGCUGCAAUAGAUAUUGCGUUUGUCGAUAGGGCAGAUAUUAAGGCCUAUGUGGGGCCUCCAACCCUUCAAGCAAGGUAUGAGAUACUAAGGUCGUGCAUCCAGGAACUGAUUCGAACUAAAAUUUUGACAGAUCAACAGGAACCACUCAUUCUUCCAAGUUUUGCAAGUUUAAGAGAGAAGGUGAAUGCACCCAGCAUACACGAGAGUCUGGGUCCACUUGAAUUGGCUAAGCAAUUGUUGGAAGCCUCAGAAAUUUGUGAGGGAUUAAGUGGAAGAGCAUUAAGAAAACUUCCUUUCUUAACUCAUGCCUCUCUUACAAACCCGAACAAUUGUGAACCUAGCAAGUUCUUGCAAACAUUAAUUGAGACUGCCAGGAGGGAGUUGUCUGAGCUAUGCAGUUGAUCUUAUCAGCUAACCGAAUGCGUUAGCGCCCACCAACUUUGCUUUGAAAAGGACAAUGCCACAAAAACCAGUGAAUAUAUCUGUCGUUUCCGAUGACCUUCUCUUGACAUAUGCAUGGGGGUCCUAAAGUCAGGCAAAGGACUUCAACAUAAGUUCAAUUGUGGUUGGUUCAGCCCAAGACUUAUUGCAGGUUAAUAUUUUUAGUGAAAUGUUUCGGUCCAUUUAUCUUUUUAUCCGGGAAUUACAUCAUCAAGUGGAAAAGCACCAGAUGAUGCAAUCAGGAGUUACACCAACCAAAUCAAUGAACUUCUUAACCCGAGUAAUUGGUCUGAGACAAAGAUAAUCUUAUCUUUUGCCUAAACCAUUGAACUUCUUAACCUGAGUAAUUGUUGCUUCGGCACCGAUCAUAUAAUAUUCAAGACCUGAUUUCAAAACUCGUCUAUAAUGUAAAAUUACGCAUCAAACAAAAGAGA